GGGCGGACCCCGCCGCGAACCGCAGUUGCGCCGCGAUCCCCGUUGCUGAACAGCCGCGGAGGCGGAGCUUGGAGAGCCUCCUCCUCGUUUGCCUGCUGCGAGAAUCCACACGUGCAAUCCCAGCCCUCUUUUCCCGGGAGUCAUCCCCGUGGCAUAGGUGCCAACUCCCUGGCUGGGUGCGCCAUCGCCCACAAAAUUCCCCAUGAAGGGAGCCGGGCACCCACAAAUUUCGGUGCCAGGGCCAAUCUGCACGCUGCGUGGCACCCACGGCCCCGGACAGGCGGACACCCACGGUCACGGGGCCAAGUUGGCACUCCUGCCCCAUGCGGUUAAAGUGUACAUGAAAUAUAUCCAGUGGUGACUCUUCCUGGUUUUCCAUCUGUCUCCUACCCCAAACAGUACUUUAAGGUUUAGAGCAAUGGCGCCCGAAAGCCACUUGUCUGAGCCCAUCUGCCUGAUCCAGAACAGGGACAGGAAGCUCUUUGUCUGUGAAAAGGCCCUUCACCUGCUCUCUGAAAUUCGCCAGCCGGUGGUGGUGGUUGCCAUUGUGGGACUCUACCGAACGGGCAAGUCCUACCUCAUGAACAAACUAGCUGGCAGAAACUCAGGUUUCCCCCUGGGUUCUACGGUGCAGUCAAAGACCAAGGGAAUCUGGAUGUGGUGCGUCCCCUACCCCGGCCGGCCUGGUCAAACCCUUGUGCUUCUGGAUACAGAGGGACUCGGCGAUGUGGAAAAGGGUGAUACUCAAAACGACACCUGGAUCUUCGCUUUGGCUGUACUCCUGAGCAGCACCCUGGUCUACAACAGUUUUGGUGCCAUUGACCAGCAAGCUAUGGAUCAGCUUCACUAUGUGACAGAGCUCACGGAGCGCAUCAAAUCCAAAUCGUCCCCCGGGGGCGGCAGUGGGGGACUGGAAGACUCUGCUGAGUUUGUCCGCUUCUUCCCAAGUUUCGUCUGGGCCUUGCGGGAUUUCACCUUGCAGCUGGAGCUAAAUGGGCACCCCAUCACUGAAGACGAGUAUCUGGAACAUUCCUUGAGAUUAAGGAAAGGUGAUGCCUCUGAUGUUCAGCUGUACAACCUGCCUCGCAAAUGCAUCCGGAUGUUCUUCCCCACUCGCAAGUGUUUCAUUUUCGACCGCCCCACUACUAGGAAGAACCUGCCCCAGCUGGAGUCGAUGCAGGAGAGCCAGUUGGAGCCUGACUUUGUGGAACAAGCCGGCCAGUUCUGCCGUUACAUCUAUAUAACAUCCAAGGAAAAGACCAUCCCAGGAGGACACCUUGUCAAUGGCCGCUUGCUGGCAAACCUAGUGACGACCUAUGUGGACACCAUUCGCAGUGGGCAGGUGCCUUGCAUGGAGAGCGCAGUGCUGGCCUUGGCUGAGAUUGAGAACUCGGCUGCUAUCCAUGAUGCUACUGUGCGCUACGGGGAGCUGAUGGAUCAAAAGCUGAAGCUUCCUAUGGAGACGGUCCAGGAGCUGCUGGGGAUCCAUGCCGAGUGUGAGAAGGAAGCCCUGCAGGUGUUCCUGGCUCGUGCCUUCAAGGAUGACCAACAACGGUUCCAGGUGGAACUCAUGAAAACCAUGGACCAGAUGAAGGAGGGCUUCUGCCAAAAGAAUGAGCAGGAAUCUUCAAAACUCUGUUGGGCUGUGUUGAUGUCCUUGUCUGGGGAGCUGGAGGAAAACAUCAAACAGGGGGUUUACUCCUGUCCUGGGGGUCACAAGCUGUUUUCGGAUGACCUGAAGGAAAUGGAACGGAGAUACCACCAAGAACAGAAAAAAGGAGUGAUGGCAGAGACAGUCCUACAGCAGUUCCUCAAGGAGAAGGAGAAUGUCAGCAGAGCCAUACUUCUAAGUGAUCAAGCUCUGUCAGAGAAAGAGAAGGAAAUGGCAGAGGCAAAGGCAAAGGCUGAAGCUGCACAGCGAGAGCAGGAGAUCCAGAAGCAGAAGCAAGCUGAGCUGGAGCAGAAGAUGGAGGAUCAGAAACGGAGCUACGAACUGAACAUCCAGCAGCUGGAGGAGAAGAUGGUGAAAGAAAGGGACAAUCUACUGAAAGAGCAGAAUAUGAUGAUGGAGAGUAAACUCAGGGAGCAAGAGGCUUUGCUGAAGGAUGGAUUCCAGAAAGAAGCGAAUCGACUAAAUGGGGAGAUUAAUCAGCUGAGAGAACAGACUGGAAAUAUCAAGAAGCCAUCUUGGAUUGGCGGGGUGUUGGGUGGUCUGGCAGAUGCUGUCACAUUAUUUUUGCCUGGUAUUGUCCCCAGAAUUGCUGGAUCGCUGGUUUCUAACUUUAUAAAGCGCUUGUGAUCAAGCAGGAUAAGGCCUUUUUUGGAACCUGUCCUGUCCUGUCUGUGGACACAAUGCAUGCAUUCUUGCUUGGCAUAUCUCUCUCCUCUCUCUCUCUCUCUUAAAAAUUUCCCUCAUUUACAAAAGCCACAUGCAUUGUCACUUUCUUUGGGUUGUGUUUUCUAUAGAUCAGUUACAUUUGUCGUGAGACACUGGUGUUCUAUGAAGUAAAGCAGGCAUGUCCAAAGUCCAUUUUGGGGGCCUAAUCCGGCCCCUGUGGCAGUGUAUUUCCUGGGGUAAAACCGUAAAAAAACUCAACAACCUCAAUCCUUAAAAAAAGCUCAACAAAUUUGGUCAGCCCUCACGCAUGUUCACUUCAAAUCUGGCCCUCUUUGAAAAGAGUUUGGGCACCCCUGCAGUAGUAAAGGGUUGGGAAGAAAAGGAGGGGGGGUGGUAGGGAUGGGUGGGAAAGCUUAUGUUCUUUUACUUAGUGUAUGUGUGGGGUUUUUGUGUCAGCGUCACUUGGGUAGGUUCUCUUUCUAUUAGCUCGUUCUGUUUCCUUGGUGGUGAGAGAGGUUGGGGUGGCCUAGGGUGUGGUUGAUUGUCUUUGGUUAGCUGCAGUGGGAUUUGUUUGUGUGUGGGGGGGGUUGUUGGGUUAAGUUAGCCAUAUUGAAUUGUAUGCUGUCGGUGGGUUCUUCUUGUUGUCAUGCUGUGUAUGUGAUUAAGGGGAGCCAUACCGAAGUGAAGGUGCCCUCUUCUAUUUCUCCCCAUGUCAGUUUCAGACUAUUGGUUAGCUUUUCUAGUAAGGAUGUUUCCCAUACUACUUGAUACCAGUGUUCCAUGUUUAUUCCUGACAGGUCUCUCCAGUGUCUGGCUGUUGAGAGUAGGUGGCUCUUUAUAGUGUGAGUGGGCAUUGCUAUCUUGGAAGAUGUUUAGUAGGGCCAGUUCUGGGGUGACUUCUAGUACCUGUUUAGUUAUUUUGCUUCUUUCUUGUAUGACUGUUGUCCAGAAGAGUUGGGUUUUGAGGUAUUCCCACCACAUGUGGAGGUAUGUGCCUGUGGAGAUGCAGCCUCUCCAGCAUUUUGGCGAGGUUCCUGGGUGUAUCAGCACCAGUUUCCAUGGUGUUAGGUACCAUUUGUAUAUUGUGGAUACCAUCCCCUUGCCAUGUCCUGUUGUUGUUAGGAGAAGGUUUUCGAAGGUGCUCAAGGGCCUAGUAGUUGUUGAUUUUACUACUGGAUUGUUUAAGAAGGCGUGUAGUUGGUGGUGUGUUAGCCAGGGCAUUUUGGUGUCCCCUAGUUUAGCUUCUGUUGUUCCCUGACACACCCAUCUACCGUAUUAAUAUAUUUGCCAGGAUUCCCCCCCCCCAUCAGAACUGACACUUCCUUUUGCUUCUUCUCUGACAUUUGUAUUAAGUUAAUAAGCAAAAAGGAAGCUGUAAAAAAAAUUCCACUUGCCUUCCAAGAUUGUAUUGAAAAUGCAGGUUGUGUGCAGAUUUCCUUGAACACCUUAAAAUGGUGCUAUAUUUGUCAAAGGCCACCUCUUUACAAAGCCAGUUAGCUACUUGCAUGCCUGUUGCCUAUGAAGGACUUUUUGCCAUAUAGUGCCUCAGGUGACACCAAAGCCACUAUCACGAAGAAAGCUGCUGUGUUGAUGCAGCCUGAGUGCCCAUAUUGCAGUAUUAGCAGAGUGAUGCUUACCACAGACUUGACCUGAUAAUGGUGUUGGGUGCAGAUUGUGAGCACUUGGAAGCUUACAAAUUUAACCGUCACAUUUGAGGGUAGGUUUAAUUGCUGGAUUUGAAAUAUAUUGUUUGCUUUGAUAUUGUACUGUACACUUUUUUUUUUUACAUGAAUAAAUGUCUGGCGAAAUAAUAAAAUAAUUCUGGAGUUCACAACA